ACGAAGGGUACAUCGUCUUUUGGUAAGCGACGCAAUAAGACGCACACCUUGUGUCGUCGAUGUGGAUCCAAGGCGUACCAUCUGCAGAAGUCUACCUGUGGAAAGUGUGGUUACCCUGCUAAGCGUAAGAGAAAGUAUAACUGGAGUGCAAAGGCUAAAAGACGCAACACCACUGGUACUGGUCGCAUGAGGCACCUGAAGAAGGUCUACCGUCGAUUCAGGAAUGGAUUCCGUGAGGGGACCACACCAAAGCCCAAGAGAGCAGCUGUUGCAGCCUCCAGCUCAUCUUAAAGACUCAUCUAUUUGUUAAAAUAAAUGGUCUUACUGAGAAAAUCUGUCACUUAAA